AUGGGGUCUGCGGCGGAGGUGCCUGUUGUGAUCAGUUCCGACGAGGAGGACGGCCCGCAGACGCCCGCCGCUGGCAAGCGCAAGUCACCGGACGCCGCCGCCCUUGCGUGGGCGGAGGCAAUACUGGACCAAGAAGACUCCGACGACGCGGUUUUGGAGAGAGUGGGUUAUCCGGCGACGAUGCUGGAGAUCUUGGAUUCCCUGAAGGCUGAAACGGGAAUUGUUGUUGGCGACGAGGGUGUAGUUGGUGCCAAGAACACGAGCACCGUGCCUGUUGCUCGUGGCAACGACGACGACGACGAUUGCGUCAUUCUUGACGGUGACCCUGAUAAGCCGGUUGCCGUUGCGAAGGAGGAGGGGGGACCAUCGCGUGAUGACGCUGAAGAUGAACUGCAGAUAGUUGCGGAGAAAGGAGAGAUAGCAUGCAGGGAUUUCCCUCAUCCACGCCAUCUAUGUGCUACCUUGCCAUUCAGCACCAGUUCUCAUGCAAGCCAUUGUCGUAUGUGCCAUUGUUAUGUCUGUGACUGUCAUGCUCCCUGUCCCUUUUGGGACAAUCAUUGUCAUGCUACAGAUAAGGAUUCAAAGUGGAAGAGACUGAGGGAAUCCAAAAACAAAAGCCAGCCGAAUCCUAAACGAAGAAUACCUCAGCAUUUCAAUCGCUCAGUCACAACAGGACCAUCCUCGCAGUAUUCCGUGAAUGUAACUGGUUUUACUUUGCCAAGAACUAUCCCGAGCUAUGGAUCAAAAGGUGCCCAGGUUGCUCCUCCACUUUAUACAUCCUCAAAUGGUAAUCAUCUGCAACCUUCUGUUUCUAGCUAUGGCCUGGUGCAGCCAGCACGGCCUCAUGCAUCUCAGCCUGCACAAGUUUCACCAGUAGGCCAUGUUAGUGCUGAGACUUUUCAGAGGUACCCCCCUCAGUUUCCUGUUGGUGCACCAAUGGGAUCUCAGGGACACCAGUACCGACCACUAUCAUAUCCUCAGCUUGCUCCUAACACGGUUGUUGGCACUGGAGUGCCCCUCUCACGGUGCUCCUUGCUGAACACUCAGGCUCACGGAACACAACGCCCACAAGUUCCAUCGCCAGGCAUUUUAUCGAAGGAAUCACUUGCUAAUUUGGCACAUCAGUUGGGAUUAUCUGAUUACAAUACCAAUCAGCCAUUAGGUCAGCAGUCAACGAGCACACCUCAAUAUAUGCAUAUGCAUCCUAGAGACAUACUACUUGCUCAAGGUGCUCGAAAGGACAGACGACAGGCUUAUGUUAAGAAAAGCUAUGUGGCGGCAACUUCAGAAAUCGGGGCUUCCAGUGGGCAUAAUUCCUCAAAUCAUGCACCUGGGGGCACUGUUGUUUCAUCCGGUUCAGUUCAGAUCCAGCAGCCUCUGUGCCAAUUGAAACCGGGCACUGUUGUUUCAUCUGGUUCAGUUCAGAUCCAGCAGCCUUUGUGCCAAUUGAAACCGGGCACUGUUCUUUCAUCUGGUUCAGUUCAGACCCAGCAGCUUUUGUGCCAAUUGAAAUCUCAGAGCAGUGUUACUCCGAGUGGAACCGCUCCAAAUACUCUUUACCAUCCGCAGCCAUGA